AUGCCUCAGAAGCCCAUCGAACUACUCAAAGAAAUCGCAUUUGCCAACGGCGCAAACGUAGUGAAUCGCCCCACGAACUUUCUGUUGGCUAUCCCAUCCAGCUAUUUGCCUGCGGCUAAAAAGGUAUCCCUCGCAGUAGCAUACGGGGUUGUUCAAAUGGAUGCCCCGCAUGUCGCCAAAGCAGGAAAACCUGUUGCAUGGCUCACAUCUAAAGUAAGGUCUUCCAUCGUGGCCAAGGUGGUUCCCUCUUCGUGCGGUUCUUUCGGUUGUCGGUCGUCUACAACUGAGGCACAAGGGGGCACUGCGAAUCGCCCAAUGUGA